AUGGGGAAGCCCAGAGCCAAACCACGCCAGAAGGUGGUGGCCAAAGGCACAUCGCCACGGUCAUUACGCGCAGCUCAACGUCAAGCAAACGCUCAACAGGCGUGCACUCUCCCCACCGGCUCCAACGCUCGUCUGGGGGCGGUGCAGGCACGGCGGGAACCACAGCCUCACGGCUCACAGGAGCAGAGGCAUACGACGGUGGCGGCGGGGGUGGCGGCGCCACACCGGCAGGAUGAGAGGCAGGCGGAGGAGUCUGCGGAGGAAGCCGAGGCCGCGGCUGCAGCGUCUAAGACUCGCCGAAAGGGAGAGGCGUUGGAAGAGGGGGAUGCGGUUGCUGCGACACCACUGACAGCAACCCAGGAGGCGCGGGAGAUGACGCAAGCACCAACGGUGGACGCGGAGCCUGCACAGGGGGAGGCUGCUGCUGGAGCUGCCACUUCUGCCAACGGUUCAGUCUCUCUGCUGCCUCUGUCGACGACGCAACAUGUUCGGGUCCCCGAGUCCUCCUCGUGGAGGGGAGCGAUAGGAUCGGCGGAAGGGGUGGGCAUGGGCGCCGGGGGAGCGGUACACAGGGGAACGACGGCGGCAAUGCGGGUCGCGUUCACGGUCGAGCCCGCCUUCAGCCAGCGCCGCGGCGACUCGGAGCAGCGCUGGCACCUGCCCACCGGGCCCCUCCGGGGAUGGCAUCAGCAAGGGCAGACACCACAAGAACCAAAGCUCCAGCCCCAUUGCCGACCGAAGAAGGAGUGA